CCCAAGCUUCUUCUACUUACAAGCAAAACUUCAUAACAAGCUUUGAAUAUCCUCCAAGGUAGUAGAUAAACUUCCUUAGAUCACACAUUUUCAAUUUAUAAUGGAGAGAGUAACAAGAUUGGCAUCACAAAGAGCUGUAGUGAUCUUUAGCAAGAGUACAUGUUGUAUGAGUCAUACUAUCAAGACCCUUUUCUAUGAUCUCGGAGUAAACCCAACAGUUCAUGAACUCGAUGAAGAACCCAGAGCAGGAAAAGAAAUCGAGAAAGCACUUAUAAGGUUGGGAUGUAGUCCUUCGGUACCUGCCGUAUUUAUCGGUGGUGAGCUAGUUGGAGGAGCUAAUAAAGUUAUGACUCUUCAUCUCAGUAGCUCUCUCGUUCCAUUGCUGAAGCACUUAUAAAUAUCCUGAAUUUCUGUCAAAGUUGCAUUAUCUUCUGCUUUGAAGUCUACAUUAGCUCUUUGCAUAUAUUUGGCCCAUUAAGUGGCUAGUUCAGCUCCACGCCUUGAUCUUCCGUCUCCAGUGAUAGUGUCUUUGACAUUCCUUGCCCCCACAUAGGUACCUGCGUAAUUCAUUGCAAUUAGAACAAAGUUAGUGUAUGAUAAAUUAUCAGCGCUUGGCUCCAUGUAAAUAAAGCUCAUGUAGCUAAUGCUAAUGGUAACGCAAAUUUCUGUUUGUGGUUACUUUUUAGUCUGUCAAUUCUCUGCUGCUCAUCCCUUCUGUAAUAUAAAUUGUUCAGAAUGUGAGAUAGGUUAUGGAUGACCA